AGUAGCGUUCCCGACACACGGCCCGGGGGCCCGGCCCCCAGAAGAGCCGCUUCACAUAAUGGCUUACUCCAGCCAACGAUAUGUGAAGCAGCUCAUUACACAGCUUAAAUGGCAACUUGCAAAGGUUGGCGCGGACAGUGUUGCCGGGGCAGCAUCAGAGGUCGGAGGCAUCCGACACUGUGGUCUACUCGGCAAGCGGCUUAUAUGGACGAGCCGAACACCUCUUUCAUCAUCAGUAACCCGUGCUGACGUAGACAGGGUGCAGGCCGGGUUCAACUUUCGCCGUCUGAUUAAUGACUACAAACAGCUCAGCAAAUUCAAGCUUAGUUCCCUCGUCGUGUUGACAGCUAGUGCUGGCUUUGUUGCGGCCAGUGGCGACACUAUUGACUACGAGAAGCUUGCUUGGACGUGUCUCGGCACUUUUGGGGCUGCAGCUUGCGCGAACACUCUCAACCAGGUGUACGAGGUCGCAAACGACCGACUCAUGUCGCGAACCCGCAACCGGCCACUACCGGCUGGCCGACUCGGCCGCCUGCAUGCGCUGGCCUUCGCGCUUGCAUGCGGAACAGCUGGCUUAUGGGUGCUGUACGAUAAGACCAACGCGACCACCGCUGCCCUGGGCGCUGCCAAUAUCCUGCUCUACGCCGCCAUCUACACGCCGCUGAAGCAGGUCACAAUUGCCAAUACCUGGGUCGGCGCUGUGGUGGGGGCCAUCCCACCGCUGAUGGGCUGGGCCAGUGCAGCCGGCCAACUGGACGCGGGUGCGGCGGUGCUGGCCGCCGCGCUCUUCUUCUGGCAGAUGCCGCACUUUUUGGCGCUCGCCUGGCUGUGCAAGGCAGACUACAUGGCGGGUGGUUUUCGCAUGCUAUCCAUGGUGGAUGCUACGGGCCGACGAACCGCAUUCACGGCGCUGCGGCACAGCCUCUACAUCGCACCGGUGGGAUUGCUGGCCGUACAGGCGGGAUUUGCGUCAGAGCCCUUCGCGUGGGAGGCCGCAGGCCUGGCGCUGUACUUGGUGUACGGCUCGACGCAGUUUGCACGACAACCGUCGCAGGCGAGCGCACGGAAGCUGUUCAAGUCUAGCCUGCUGUACCUGCCCCUGCUGCUUGCGGGUCUAGCAGCGCACCGGCUGCCCAACCGCCAUGAUGUGGACUUGCAGUUGCUGGGGAAGCGGACUCUGGACUGCGUGCCGUUGGGGCUGCGGGCGCAGCUGGGGCGGGCGUGCGGUGCAGUUGAGGAGGCCGCGGUGCAGCUGAGCGACACGCUGGUGGCGAACAACAUCAAGUGCCCCUCCAAGGCGUACGGCGAUUCGGAGGAGCUCCACACGACGCCGCACCCACAGCAACAGCAGCAACACCAGGAGGAUGAGCAGGAGGAUGAGCAGGAGGAUGAGGAUGAGCUGAAGCCAACAUUGUGGGAGGACAUGGCGAAGAGCGGGCGAGCGUGAGGAGGCGGGUGGUGUCAGGGCGGCGGCGAAUGCAGCAGCACGCCUGAGAUGGAGAAUCAGGGGCGCUGAUAUUGCAGUACGCAGACUUUGCGGUUCGUCGAUGCCAAAUAGGUUUGUGGUGACGUGGCUUGCAAAGGACUUGCACCCGAUGCCUUGAGCCUAAUUGCUCAAGGCAUCGGCCGCAAGUCCUUUGCACACAAUUCUCAAGCCCCCGGGAGUUUGAUGUAAAGGUGCAGCGGGAUCUGUCUUUUGCCCUUUUGCUACGGGUCAACGGCUGUAUUUACAGACUAAUGGCAUCGCUCCGCGGUUUGUGUAAAAGAUGGAAAAGACGGCCGUGCAUAACCCUUGCUUGGCAGGACAAACCCGGCCAUGCAUGCACUGCACAAUAUCUCGGCUGGAUAGUCGGAGCCUCGUGUCUUUGGGAUGGACCACAGCGGGAUGGACUCUGCUUUGAGGUAGACUUUAUGAAGGGUGCGGACAUUGCAACCCCUUACUGCACACACGUGUAACCCCCGGCG